UAUCAAAAUAAUCUUCAAAAUAAUAUUGUGAACAAAGUUUUUAUUGACAAAAUACAUCACGUUCACAUUUCGGAUUUUUUUUUAAACGAGCCUUUUUACAGUGCAAUUGUAUUGGGACAUUGUGUACAAGUGUUGUUGGGACAUUUUGUAAAACUUUAAUAAUGGUGCAAGUGAGAGUAUCGGAAGGUCUGCUGGAAGGUGAGGUGGUACACAAUGAGUAUGGAGGCACCUUCUGCAGCUUCAAGGGCAUACCGUAUGCGCAGCCGCCGAUAGGAGACUUGCGGUUCAAGGCACCGCAGCCACCAAAACCAUGGGAAGGUGUCCGACAAGCCAAAGAGUUUGGCCCAUCAUGCAGCCAGGUAGACUUUCUCAUGCAACCGAAGCCUGACUGCAGCGAAGACUGUCUAUACCUCAAUGUCUACACACCACAACUGAAAGCUAACAACCCUUUACCAGUCAUGUUCUUCAUCCACGGCGGAGGGUUUUACUCCGGGAGCGGCAACGAUGACAUGUAUGGUCCAGAGUUCCUCGUCAGACAAAACGUCAUACUUGUCACCAUCAACUACAGACUGGAAGUCCUAGGUUUUCUUUGCUUAGACACUGAAGAAGUGCCUGGUAACGCAGGCAUGAAAGACCAAGUUGAAGCUCUGAAAUGGGUCAACAAGAACAUUUCCUAUUUCGGUGGGGACCCUGACAAUAUAACUAUUUUUGGUGAAAGUGCUGGAGGAGCAAGCGUUGGUUAUCAUCUAGUAUCUCCGAAGUCGAAAGGGCUGUUUAAGCGAGCUAUCUGCCAAAGUGGGGUGCCUACUUGCUGGUGGGCUAAAGUAUUUGAGCCUCGUAGGCGAGCCCUCGCGCUUGCACACCGUCUAGGAUACAAAUCUAAUGAUGAAAACGGUCUUUACGAAUUCUUCAAAUCACAGCCUGUUGAAGCACUGCUUGGAGUAAACGUACCUCUUUCUUUCUCUGAGCAAAUUCGUGCAGGUUUCGAAUUAAACUUUGGUAUAGUUAGUGAAAAACAAUUCGGCGAUGAAACCGGAUUUUUUCAUGGAAACCUUUCAGAUUACCUAAAAAACGGUGUUCACGAAGGAGUUGAAGUCAUGACAGGGUACACCGAAGACGAUGGUGUUAUUUUAUUUGUAUUUGGUGAACAUACAAAAAUGCUAGAACAAGCAAAUGCUUUGGAUAACUAUUUUACUCCUAAACAUAUUGCCUUGAAUUGUUCAUUGAAAAAGCAAAUAGAGGCGGGACAAAAGAUCAAAAAGUUUUAUAUGCAUGAUGAAAAGGUUGAAACUGACUGGGAACGAGUUGCCCGAUACCAAAAGGCUGAAAUGUUCAUAUAUGGAACUGUAAAAUUCGCAAGAGCAUGUUCACAGAAGAAUAAGCUUUAUUUCUAUACAUUUAACUGCAAAUCUGAGAGGAACAUGACGUGUAGCAUGUUGGGUUUGAACACUAUAACUGAUGGCAAAGAAGUAAGCUGUCAUCUUGAUGAUUUGUUUUACAUCUUCAAUAGCAAAGCAUUAGAACAGAAAAUCGAUAUGAAGUCAAAAACAUUUGAACUGAUCAAUAAAGUCACAAAGCUUUGGACUAACUUUGCAAAAUAUGGAAACCCGACUCCAAAUGGCGAUCUUGGAGUGAAAUGGCUUCCAUAUACAGCAGACAAAGAAGAUUAUUUGGACAUUGGUAACGAGUUGCAAGCUGGUACGGCACCAGAUCAUGACGAGUACCAAUUCUGGGAAGAUAUAUUUAGAGAAUAUACACCAGAAUAUGUUGAUACGGAGUAUUGAUUAAAUUAAAAGUUGAAUAUUUUA